AUGUCAUUCGACGUCGUAACUCGACACAGUCGCCUUCAAGCGAAUACCACCAUCAUGUAUCAGGCGCAAAACAUCUACUUCAUUUGCGGUUUCGCCGCCAUCGGUGGUGGCCUCUUCGGCUUCGACAUCAGCUCCAUGAGUGGUGUUCUAGGAACCGGAGCUUAUAAGAGAUAUUUCGGAAAUCCUACAUCUUACCGCCAGGGUGGUAUUACUGCUUCCAUGCCUGCCGGCUCCCUCGUCGGAUCUCUCGUCUCCUCCUUCAUUGCAGACAGGUACUCUCGAAAGGUCGCACUGCAGUUCUCCUGUGUCAUUUGGACCAUCGGCGCCAUUCUGCAAUGCGCUUCUGUCAACGUCGGCAUGCUUUGCGUCGGCCGUGUCAUUGCGGGCAUGUGUGUUGGUAUCGCAUCCUCCAUUGUCCCCGUCUACCAGUCCGAAAUCGCUCCCAAGGAGAUCCGUGGCCGCGUUGUUUCGCUCCAGCAGUGGGCAAUCACUUGGGGUAUCUUGAUUCAAUACUUUAUUCAGUACGGCGCUGCCGAGGGCAUUGGAAAUGGCCCAAGUGAUCCGGAUCAGCCAACCGCCGCUUUCCGCAUUCCCUGGGGAGUUCAGAUUGUCCCUGCCGCCGUCUUGUUUGUCGGACUCUUCUUCUUCCCUUACAGUCCUCGUUGGCUUGCUAGCAAGGACCGUUGGGAUGAAGCCAUCCAGGUCCUCGCCCAUCUUCACGGUGGUGGCGACAUCAACCACCCCAAGGUUCUAGCCCAAUACCAGGAGAUCGAGGAGGCUCUCCGAUUCGAGCGCGAAGAGAAUAUUUCGAGUUUCAAGGGUCUUGUCGCCCCUCGUAUGUAUAAGCGUGUGUUGCUCGGCAUGAGCAUUCAGAUGUGGUCCCAGUUGUGUGGUAUGAACAUCAUGAUGUACUACAUUGUCUACAUCAUGCAGGGUGCUGGCAUGGGCAACCCACUCCUGACUGCAUCCAUUCAGUAUAUCAUCAACGUCCUCAUGACGCUUCCUGCCAUUAUCUUCAUCGACAAGCUUGGCCGUCGUCCACUGCUGGUUGGCGGCUCUUUCAUGAUGAUGACCUGGCUAUUCAUUUCUGGCGCGCUGCAGCAGUACUACGGAGAGCCAAACACCGAUGCGACACGCAACUCCGAUAAUGAGUCUGUCACUUGGCUCGUCCUCAACAAAACGCCUGUUUCCGCCGCCAUCGUCUCCUGUUCGUAUCUCUUUGUCGCAACCUUUGCGACUACCUGGGGUCCGGUGUCCUGGACUUACCCCGCCGAGAUCUUCCCGAGCAAGAUUCGUGCCAAGGCGGUCUCCCUGUCUACAUCGACCAACUGGUUCUGGAACAUGGUCCUUGCUUUUGCCGUUCCACCUCUGUUGUGGAACAUCAACUACAAGAUGUAUUACAUCUUCGCAACUUUCAACGCCCUUGCUUUCCUUCACACCGCCUUCUUUGCUCCUGAGACCAAGGGUUUCACGCUCGAGGAGAUGGAUGAUGUCUUCAACUCCGGCCUCCCCGCCUGGAAGACUCACCACAAAAAGUCUCGUCUCGACGACAUCGAACAAGAGAUCGCCGCCGGAAACCUCAAGGUCAUCCGCCACGGCGCCGUUUCUGCAACAGAUGACCACGAUAUCGUUUCUGAGCCCGAGAAGAAGGGAUUCAAUGUAUAG